AUUCCUGUCAUUGCAAAACUUCCCAUCUCCAGUCCCUCCAAUCCAACAAGGAAUGUGAAUGCCCAGUGCCCAGAACUAAAGUCCCUUCAAUCCCAACAACAAUGCUUUCAUCUUCCUUAAUUUCUUCACCUUCACUCAACUCCCCCUCCCCCACAGUCCUCUCCUUCACUCGCUCACUAAACUCACCAUUUCCUAAAUUCCAUAAACCCCUCCACCCGCUAACCAAAAUUCCAGUUUUAUCAGUAAAGGCUCAGACUUUGGACUUCUCGGGUUCAUUUUUUGAAGGUGGCUUGGGUGCCGAUGAUGACCCCCCAAUUUCACCCGGCUCCGGCAUCGCUGCCGUUGAGGAUAAAGAAGAGCCCCAGUGCCCACCUGGGCUUCGACAAUAUGAGACCAUGGCGGUGUUGAGACCCGACAUGUCUGAAGAUGAGCGCCUCACUCUUACCCAGAAGUAUGAGGAGUUGCUUGUUGCUGGUGGUGGUAUGUAUGUAGAAGUGUUCAAUCGAGGGGUCAUUCCACUUGCUUACAGCAUCAGAAAGAAAAACAGAGCGGGAGAGACGAACACUUACUUGGAUGGAAUUUACCUUCUCUUUACCUACUUCACUAAACCUGAGUCCAUGGAAGUUCUCGAGUCAACAAUGAAGGCAGAUGACGAUGUUAUUCGGUCAAUGAGCUUCAAAGUUAGGAAAAGGAAGUACUGAUAUAAGUUAGUUUGGUUCGUUUAUCUGGUUGAGAAAGGAGGGCAGGUUGGAGUAGACAAACAUUUCCUGAGCUUGAGAACUGGUGUAUUUUGCUUGCCAUUUUUACUUAGAAUUGAAUUUAAUACGACACAAUCAGUCUACUGGGAAAAGCACUACUCAUUUGCUUGUUUUUACAGUGGAGCCUGAGAUUCUUGUACAUCUAAAUACACCGAUCUGUACGUUGAUUUGGCUUGUUACAACGCCUAAUCUUUUAAACACAUCUGCUGGGGGCAUUCAAUGCUGUCUCCAGUUUUGCUGUAUGUGCCUGUUUUUACAUGACAAGGAAUUCCAAGUUUUCUUA